AUGGCAGGUCAGUGCGCCCUCGACGCUGAUGGAAACUUGAAAUCCCCUUCGAAAAUCAACUUUUAUCACGAUGUGGACGACGAUGUGCCAAUGGCAGGACCUGAAGCUGCCUCCAAGCCCCAAGCAUCAGAACCUCUUGGCCGUGGACAACGUACCGGAAAGGCAGGCCGGAUGAAAGACGCUCUUGAGGCUGAGAAGCUGGAUGAAUACGGGGUCUCCAUCAAGCCUGUAGUAUUGAUGUUGGUCAAGCACCGCCUACAUCUAGCUCAUACAGCUGUCAAUGAACUCUUAGAUAGUGCUGUCAAACUUUCUAAGAAUCUUGACGGUACGGUAUACGGACCAGCCGUCGCCCGUCACUGUACCGUGGCUAUACGGCCGUAUACCGUCGACGUCCUCAGUGAUAACCUCGGUCACCAAGGAUUUGGAACGCGAUUGAGCAUCUUUCCAAAGUCGCUCAUUCGGUUUCCGGCCAAUGAAAUCACCCUAUUGGAGUAG